AUGCCGGCGGAACACAGCGCAUCUCGCAGGCGGGGCGAUUCCGAGCGCCAGCAGACACGGGGUCGACUCGCUUGUUUGCGCUGCCAGCGGCGAAAGAUCCGUUGCGACGGCGACUUGCCGACCUGCAAAAACUGCCGAAAUGCAGGCGUUGUUUGUGCCGAUGGUCUUAGUGCGCGUCUUAAGCACCUACCACGGGCCGAGAUUUCAAGCCUCAAAUCGCGCAUCGUGUGGCUAGAGUCGAUUCUUCGACAGAGGUGUCCUGAGGUCGAUUUGGAAAAUGGACAGCCGCAGGACAUUGACCCGGCCAUGCUAGACAUGUCGUUGGAGCCGGACACCAGCAUCAUUACAAGUGUUGAUGACACUGCACAAAUUAUUACAGAACCUGAAGAUCCCCCCGAAACAUCUAGGCCGGCAUUGGAGCAAGUACUGGGCGGCAACAGCUCGUCUGCGCAUGAGAUCGGUAUGCUGUCGCUUGGUGCCAGCCAAGACUCGAGAUAUAUAGGCCCAUCAAGCGGUUACUUUCUCGCCAGAGUCAUGUUGAGCAAAAACUGCGACUCAAUCAGCGGCGACGAGGCACAAAAGAACAACGUCUAUAUUCCAGGAGAGCUCAUCGAAUCCUGCACCGGACCGCUUCCCCUACCGCCGAGGCCGUUGGCCCAGCGGAUCUGCGACGCCUACUUUGAGUUUAUCCAUCCACAGUACCCCAUACUGCAUCACCAGACGACCUUGGAUGCCGUGGACCACAUGUAUCAAAACGAUAACGUGACUCCUGUCAUGUCAUUUCAGGUUUUCAUGGUCCUUGCCGUCGGCGCGACAGCAUUGUCCAUGCGCUCCAAGGCUCGCUUACCCAAUGAUUCUUACUGUCUCGCGGCGUUGGAGGCUUUUGCGCAGAUCAACAUCGAAAACUCAAUACAGGGCCUUCAAUGCUUGUUACUGCUUCUUGUGUUUGCACUGCAUAGCCCGUCUACCAGAUUCAAUGCGUGGUAUCUUAACUAUCAGUGCUUGGCUGCCGUGUUGGACUUGGGCUUGCAAAGAAACAUCACAGUCAAGUCUGGAAUUUCGCUGCUCCAGCAGGAAAUGAGAACCAGACUCUUUUGGGUGUGUAUACUUCUGGACAGAACGAUCUGCACAAUAAUGGGGCGACCGAUUGGCCUUCGCGACGAAGCCUGUGAGCUACGAUUGCCGCUAGAGAUUGAAGACGCCAUGUUAAAUGUCCCGCAGGAUGGUUCACCGAGCGAAAGGCCUCUUGGGGUCUCAUACUCGAUCCAUCUCUUUCGCGCCACAAAGAUCAACUCGGAAAUUAAAUAUGUCGCCAACAGUAUUGUCCAAGAGGCCCCGAGGUACGCGUACCCACCACAGACGGAUAUACACGGCUGGCAAAAGAAUGUGCUGCAGCAGCUCGACGAGUGGCAAUCAAACAUUCCUUUGGACAGCCAAAACCCGAAUGAGUUUAUGCAACUUGUGUGCCAACUCCGCUACCACGGGCUCUGCCUGCUUCUGCUUCGGCCAAGCCCAGCCAUACCCAAGCCCACGGCCGACGCCCUAGUGCGAUGCUACAAAAGCGCCACCGAGAGCAUCCAGAUACUGGAGCAAAUGUAUCGGAAAAACCUUCUUAUCCAUAAUUGGGUCAGCCUGCAUGGUUUAGUUCUCGCCGUUUUGACUCUCCUCUACAGUGUUAGGGCAGAGCCCGAGGUGGCGCGGGUGACACAGGCCGAUGCCCUCAUGGGGACGAUAGUUUCUGCGCUGGGCAUCCUGAGUGCGACUGGAGAGCACUGGGCGGCUGCGAAGAGGUGUCGCGAUAUUCUUGAGGACGCGGCAAAGUCUACUGUUCAGUGGCUGCAGAGCCAGUCGGCGCCGCCAAGCCUACUGCAGCCAGCCCACGGCCGCUCGAGAUCCAGUCGUGCCAAUGUGCAGUCUACAAAUGAGGAGGCCCAACGAAUCAAUGAAGACAUGGGCAUGCCAUGCUUUGAUCCCGUGGAGAUGGAAAACAUGUUUCCGUCCUUUGAUGGCUUGUUUGGAGACGGCGAGGCUGUGAACAUUGAUGUUAUGAUGCAGAGUCUAUUCCAAGACUUUAUACCGACCACAGGGCCUGAAUAG